AAUUUUCUUUCUUAUGACGAAGCGAUCAGACGAGGAAGAUGACAGGGAUUCCUCCAAAUCCAAGCGGAGGGAGCUAGGGCUAUCCUGUAUGUUGAACACCGAAGUCGGCGCCAUCCUCGCCGUCAUCCGCCGUCCACCGUCGGAGUUGAAUUCGCCAUACAUUUCUCCAAUCGACGACACUUUCGAUUCCUCGAUCCAACAAUCCUUGAAAUCCCUCCGAGCUCUCAUAUUCCAUCCGCAGCAGAAAUGGCGAACCAUCGAUCCUUCGAUCUACAUCUCUCCGAUCCUCGACGUGGUACAGAGCGACGACAUUCCGGCGGCAGCCACCGGCGUGGCUCUCUCGGCCUUACUAAAGAUAAUCAAGGUCGAGAUCUUCAACGAGAAGACUCCCGGAGCGAAAGACGCAAUCAAUCUAAUAGUGCUGGGAAUCACAAAUUGCAAAUUGGAAAAAACUGACCUCAUAACCGAAGACGCCGUGAUGAUGAAGAUCCUGCAGGUUCUGGCCGGACUGAUGAACCACCGCGCGUCGUACCUGCUGAACGAUCAAUCGGUUUGCACAAUCGUGAACACCUGCUUCAAUGUAGUUCAACAAUCGGCGAACAGAGGCGAUCUGCUGCAACGAACGGCGAGGUACACGAUGCACGAGCUGAUCCAGAUAAUCUUCUCCCGAUUGCCGGAAAUCGAGGUGAGGGAUGGAGAGGAUUCAGAAUCGGAUACAGAGGACGCGGAUUUAGGAGGGAGUUUGGAUUCGGGAUACGGAAUUAGGUGCGUAAUCGACGUUUUUCACUUCCUGUGCUCGCUGAUGAACGUGGUGGAGAUGGGGGAGAUGAUGGAUGGAUUGGCGUCGCGGACGGCGGACGAAGACGUGCAGCUGUUCGCUCUGGUUCUGAUAAACUCGGCGGUGGAGCUGAGCGGAGACGCGAUCGGGAAGCAUCCGAGGUUGUUGAGAAUGGUUCAGGAUGAUCUGUUUCACCAUCUCAUUCACUACGGCGCCCGUUGCAAUCCCCUGGUUCUCUCCAUGAUCUGCAGUACAGUUUUGAAUAUCUAUCACUUCCUUCGCAGGUUUGUCCGACUUCAACUAGAAGCCUUCUUCGUGUACGUUGCAUUGCGAUCAGCAUCUUAUGGAAACUCAACCCAAAUCCAAGAAGUAGCAUUGGAAGGAAUCAUCAACUUCUGUAGGCAAUCCUCCUUCAUUCUCGAAACCUACGUAAACUACGACUGCGAUCCCCUCCGCUGGAAUCUGUUCGAGGACAUCGGAAAAUUGCUCUGUAAGCUCUCAUUUCCGGCCGGCAGCCCCCUGAGCAGCUUACAAAUCCAAGCCUUCGAGGGCCUUGUAAUCAUGAUCCACAACAUCGCAGAAAAGCUUGACAAACUAGAAGGAGGGCCUUCUCGUGGCAGCAGUUUAAGGGUAUACCCAGCCCAUGUCAGCGAGUACAGGCCCUUCUGGGAAGAGAGGUCCAAAGAAGACUUGGAAUUGGAGGGCUGGCUUAACUACGUGAGAGUAAGAAAGGCACAGAAGAAGAAGAUUUUGAUUGCUGGUCACCAUUUCAAUCGAGAUGAGAAGAAAGGAUUGGCAUAUUUGAAGCUGUCCCUGCUGGUGCCUGAUCCUCCGGAUCCCAAGGCUUAUGCUUUCUUUUUUAGGUACACUUAUGGACUGGACAAACAGUUCGUUGGGGAAUAUCUUGGUGAUCCUGAUCCGUUUCACGUGAGAGUGUUGGCAGAGUUUACAGGGACAUUUGAAUUUACAGGCAUGAUUCUAGACACUGCUCUUCGGACUUACCUUGAGACGUUUCGUCUGCCGGGAGAGGCGCAGAAGAUUCAUCGCAUACUGGAGGCCUUCUCGGAGAGGUUUUAUGAUCUACAAUCUUCAAAUACGUUUGUGAAUAAAGAUGCAGUGUUUGUUCUUUGCUAUUCUUUGAUAAUGCUGAAUACUGAUCAGCAUAAUCCACAAGUGAAGAGAAAGAUGACAGAGGACGAGUUCAUCAGGAACAACAGAGAGAUUAACGGAGGGAAGGAUCUUCCUAGAGAUUAUUUAUCUGAGCUCUUUCAAUCGAUUGCGAAUAAUGCGAUUAUUCUCGCACCGCAGUCAGGUCUGCAGCUUGAUAUGAACCCUAGCAAAUGGAUUGAAUUGACGAAUAGAUCCAAGAUUAUACAGCCUUUUGUGUUGUGUGAUUUUGAUAUUCGCCUGGGUAGAGAUAUGUUUGCCUGUAUUGCUGGUCCCUCAGUUGCAUCUCUUGCUGCUUUCUUUGAGCAUGCUGAUGAAGAUGAGAUGCUGAAUGAAUGUAUUGAAGGAUUGUUCUCCAUUGCUAAGAUAACACAGUGUGGAUUGGAGGACACGCUAGAUGAACUACUGGCAUUGUUUUCGAAAUUUACUACUCUAUUGAACCCUUAUGCAUCUGCAGAAGAAACACUUUUUGCUUUUAGUCAUGAUCUGAAGCCAAAACUGGCCACUCUAGCGGUUUUCACCAUUGCGAACAACUUCGGAGACUCGAUUCGCGGGGGUUGGAGGAACAUUGUGGAUUGCCUACUUAAACUCAAAAGACUUAAACUGCUUCCCCAGUCUGUUAUUGAAUUUGAACUCGCUUCGACCGCACCACAUGAUCUUGCAAAGUCGGAAUCAGGUGUAAUUUUUCCUUCUCAAGAUCCUAAAUUUUGCACCCAGCAAUCCUCUGGUAUGGCUAGUCGAUUUUCACAAUUUCUGUCUCUUGAUAGUAUGGAAGAUUCUUUAUCUCUCAACUUGAAUGAAUUUGAACAAAAUUUGAAGUUCAUCAAGCAAUGUCGCAUUGGGAACAUCUUUAGCAACAGCUCAAACUUACUUGAUGAUGCUCUACUCAAUCUUGGGCGAUCCUUAAUAUUUGCUGCUGCUGGAAAAGGACAAAAGUUUAGCACACCGAUUGAAGAAGAAGAAACUGUUGGAUUCUGUUGGGAUCUAAUCAUAACAAUGAGCUUGGCUAACGUACACCGGUUUCAGGUUUUUUGGCCUAGCUUCCACGAGUAUCUACAAGCAGUUAUUCAAUUUCCGCUUUUCUCUACCAUCCCAUUUGCAGAAAAGGCUGUUUUAGGACUUUUCAAGGUAUGUCUUAAGCUCCUUUCCACUUAUCAGCCUGAGAAGUAUCCCGAGGAACUCAUCUUCAAGUCCAUAAAUUUGAUGUGGAUGCUUGAUAAAGAAAUUCUCGAUACUUGCUUUGAGGCCAUAACACAAUCGGUAAGCAAGAUUCUUAUUGAGUACCCAGCAAAUCUCCAAUCUACGAUUGGUUGGAAGUCUCUUCUUCAUUUGUUAUCAGCCACUGGCCGGCAUCCUGAAACCUACGACCAAGGAGUCGAGACUUUGAUCAUGUUGAUGUCGGAUGGGACACAUAUUACACGCACAAACUAUACCUUUUGCAUAGAUUGUGCCUUUAGUUAUGUUGCACUCAAGAAUAGCCCUUUAGAGAAGAAUUUGAAAAUUUUAGAUUUGUUGUCAGAUUCUGUAAAUUUCUUAAUCCAAUGGUACAGGAAUUACUGUGCAGAAUCAGGGAAUAGUUUUAGUGUAUCAAGCAAUGCUAGUAGCUCCUCACUAGAGGACAAAGGUUUAGGAUCUUCUAAUUUUGCCUUGACUUUGUUUGUCAAACUUGGCGAAGCACUUCGAAAGACAAGCUUAGCUAGAAGAGAAGAGAUAAGAAACCAUGCCAUCGUAUCUCUUAAGAAAAGCUUUUUUCUGGCAGAAGAACUGGAUUUCAGCCCGACCAACUGCAUUAAUUGUUUUAACCUCGUAAUUUUUGCAAUGGUCGAUGAUUUGCAUGAAAAAAUGUUGGAGUACUCAAGAAGAGAUAAUGCAGAAAGAGAGGCGAGAAGCAUGGAGGGGACUCUAAAGAUUUCAAUGGACCUCUUGACAGAUGUUUACUUGCUAUUCCUGAAACCGAUAUCAGAAAGUGCCGGGUUUCGAACAUUUUGGCUUGGGGUAUUGAGAAGAAUGGACACUUGUAUGAAGGCCGAUCUUGGAGCUUAUGGUGAAUCAAGCUUGAAAGAUUUAGUCCCGGAUUUAUUAAGAAAAUUAAUCACAAAUAUGAGAGAAAAAGAGAUAUUGGUGCAGAAAGAAGGUGAUGAUCUAUGGGAAACAACUUACAUCCAAAUCCAAUGGAUUGCUCCUUCCAUUAAAGAGGAGCUUUUCCCGGAAGAAAGCUUUUGAACAGGAGAAAGGUU